UUUACAAUAACAGUGUCAUGAGCAGAACCAAGCAGCAGAAGCAGAAGGAGCUCCAUCCGAAGCAGAAGGAGCUUCAUCCGAAGCAGAAGUUACAGAUUGAAUGAUAAUGUCCGAUUCAAAUCCCCCUAACGGACCCUCCAACCUUACCAAAUUCUAUCAGACUCAUGUCACCUUUCGUCUCCUCUGCCACGCCUCACGCGUAGGCAAGUCCGGUGUUCUUAUCAAGACGCUUCAGGAAGCCACCGCUGCAAAAAUCCGAAUAGAGGAUGCCCCGCCUGAAUCUCCCGACCGAGUCAUCCUCGUCACUGCCUCCGCGGCUGCCUCUGCCAACGGCGGAGUCUCCAAGGCACAGGAGGCACUGCUCAAGGUCUUUGAACGGAUUCUUGAUGUUGCUUCCGAGACUGCUGGCACCGAGGUUGGCGACGGUGUCGUCUCUUGCCGCCUGCUGGUGGAUAAUGUGCAGGUCGGCGCUGUUAUCGGCAAGGCUGGGAAGGUCGUCGAGAAGAUCAGAAUUGACACCGGAUGUAAGAUUAGGGUUUUGAACGAUGGUUUGCGCUGCACUGCUCCCUCCGAUGAAAUCGUUGAGAUAGAAGGCCAGCUGACGUCCGUAAAGAAGGCACUUGUUGCUGUCUCCCGGCAACUUCAAGCUUGUCCUCCACCUGAUAGAACCAAGGUGAUGGGAAGCAGACAUAAUGAAGUGGUUCAGUCUGAACCAUUUUCAAUUCCGCUUAAGUCUUCAACUAAUCUGCAUAUAGAUCACCAUCUGCAAAGAAGCUCUGCAUUAUCUUAUUUAACCAACAGGUCUAAUGGAAAUGCCUCUGGUGCCCAUAAAUUAUCAGCUGAAGUUAAUAGAUUGUCUGCCCUGGAUCCAAAAGGACUUCAGCUGGAAGUUACCUUUAGAAUUCUUUGUUCCAGUGAUAGGGUUGGUAUCAUCAUUGGAAAGGGAGGCAAUAUUGUAAGAGCUCUUCAGAACGAAUCAGGGGCUAUUAUAAGUGUUGCUCCUUCAGUAGUUGAGUGCGAGGAAAGACUAAUUACUAUUACUGCUUCAGAGAAUGCUGAAUCAAACUAUUCCCCUGCACAGAAGGCCGUUGUGCUUGUUUUCUCCAAGUCUGUUGAGGCUGGUGUUGGGAAGGGGCUAGACUUGAAAACGAAAAAUGGAACAUCUGUUAGUGCACGUCUUGUAAUCUCAUCAAACCAAGUUAGUUGCUUAUUAGGGAAAGGUGGGGCAAUCAUCUCAGAAAUGAGGAAAGCCACAGGGACGCAUAUAAGAAUAAUUGACCAUGAUCAGGCUCCAAAGUGUGUAUCAGAAAAUGAUCAAUUGGUACAGAUAUCAGGGGAGUUUUUGAAUGUUCAAAGUGCAAUAUAUAAUGCAACUGGUAGACUGCGAUAUCAUCUAUUUGUCAGUACACAAAACAGUGGUGGAGGAAGGAGCCUUUCCUCUGUUCUACCUGGAGGCCAACCAACUUUUGCUGUUUCUCAUGGUCUCAGUAGACAUUCUUUUCCAGGAUUACGGGCACCACUGAUAGUAUCUGGAAUAAACUCCAGUGGCACCAAUGGUGUUAGUCGAGGAUUGAUUUCUCAAAACGGUGACUUAGAAGUUGUCAGUUGGAGUAAAACUUCAAUUGUUACUAAUACAACUGUGCAAAUUGUGGUUCCCGAGGAUACUAUUGGCUCUGUAUAUGGGGAAAACAGUAGCAAUCUGGUUCGCUUGGGACAGGCAGAGUUAAGCAUUCGAAAGGAACUUGAUCUGAUACGAAAGCGUUUCAAAGAAGUGGACAUUGUAGGAAAGUUAUUAAUAAAACAAAAGUUACUUGAAAUUGCUUGUCCGUCUAAAAUGAAGGAUGCAAAAAAGACUAAAGUUCAUCGAUCUCAAAGGUCUACAAAGCAUAAACCUUUAUUUUCGAGCUUGUAGACAUCUUCCAUUCCAGACAUGAUACUUCUUCAGCAAAGAAAGGCAUUCAAUCUAAGGAAAAGGUGAAUGCUAGAUUUGGAUGUAUGCAACAAAGGUGAAUACCUAUGUUAGAUCAAUUUCAUAUGAUGUGUCAUCCUUAUAUUGAUGAUGUUAUUGUUGAUAGUCAUUUUGAUGCUUUGUUGGGGAUGGGUGAAGAAUCUUGGCCCCUUAUCCGACGUGAUUUGUUUAAAGAACUUAUUCAAUGAUGUGAUGAAUAUGCAAGAUUAAUGGGAAGUUAUGAUCGAGUAGAAGAACUAAAGAAGUCUUUGCUAGUUGAUUCACAAUCAUGGUUACUUCCUGAUAUACUUUACACUUUGCUUAUUAACGAUUUGUUUUAUUAAUUAUAGGCUAAUAUGGAGAAAUGGAUGACUACGAUCUUCCCACAAUUAUACUACAUCACCUUCUAAUAUAAAACAACAUAUAAUAAUUAGUAUAUGACAUGUUUAUGAUUCUCAUUAUGACCUCUUAUACUGUUGAGACAUGUUCUUUGGAUGCCUAGUCUAGUCCUAACUACAAUGUUCUCACUCACAUAACAACAAUCAAUAAUCCUUUGUAAGAUAGUCAUAAUGCAUUUGAUAACACCCUACAAUGACGAUAACAACAAAUUAAAUAACAUUGUUUCAUUAUAUAAAGACAUAAAUAUUGUUUAACUAAAUAUUGAUAAAUGAGAUGAUGACUUCGAUCUCCUGGCCACUCAAAUGUUAUCUAAGAGAUGCCAGCAAAGUCAGGGUACGAGACUCGGUCAAUUGUCCUCAACACUACAAUUAACAUACGGAGGAGAUAUCCUUCUAAACCACUAUAGGUAUCCCUACACAA